GUUACUGUCUGUGUGAGCGCAUCCGCCCCCUCAGUCUCUCUGCACAGAGCGGGCUUUGGCAGGAGAAGCUCAGAGAGAGGCUUCGGGAAGCUGGGGCUGCGAGGUCUUUCUGCCUUCCGCACACCGAGGUCACCCUUCUUCCACAGCUCCGUGAUCCCGGGGCCCCCAGGCUGCAGGCAUGUGGAGUGGGGCUGACCAUGGACCCCUCCACAGGCCCUGGCUACUUUCCAGUUCAUAAGGCAGAGGCUGUAGCCGUAGACUGGUCCUUGGUGGAGGAAGCCUUGGGAAUCCUGCCCACACUGCCCUGGGGACAAGAUUCUGAGCCAGCCCACACUCCCUCUGCAACCCCUCCCCUCCUUGAUCUUCCGCAGAUGGUCUCCGGAUGUUCCUGGCUCCCUGGUCAGAACCAGGCGUGGACCUCGCAGCCCCGCUGAGACCCGAGAAGUCGGCGGACAUCGGCGGGCGCCCGCGCGCCGCGCGACAUGGAGGCAGCGAGAGGGCACGCGAGGGCCGGCGCGGAGUAGCCGGCGGACUCGGGGACUGGAACCUCGCGGGGGUGCACGGGCAGGGCCACCCGGGCCAUCAUGGAGGUGCCCAAUGUCAAGGACUUCCAGUGGAAGCGCCUGGCGCCACUGCCUAGCCGCCGGGUCUACUGCUCCCUACUGGAGACCGGGGGACAGGUCUAUGCCAUCGGGGGUUGUGACGACAAUGGCAUCCCCAUGGACUGCUUCGAGGUCUACUCCCCGGAGGCAGACCAGUGGACCUCGCUGCCUGCCCUGCCCACAGCCCGGGCCGGGGUGGCAGCCAUCGCCCUAGGGAAACGGAUCAUGGUGAUCGGGGGCGUGGGCACCAAUCAACUACCCCUGAAGGUUGUGGAGAUGUACAAUAUCGAUGAGGGCAAGUGGAAGAAGAGGAGUGUGCUGCGAGAGGCCGCCAUGGGCAUUUCCGUCACAGCCAAAGAUUAUCGAGUGUAUGCGGCAGGUGGGAUGGGCCUGGACCUCCGUCCACACAACCACCUGCAACACUAUGACAUGCUCAAGGAUAUGUGGGUAUCACUAGCACCCAUGCCAACCCCGAGAUACGCUGCCACCUCCUUCCUCCGAGGCUCCAAGAUCUAUGUGCUGGGGGGACGACAGUCCAAGUAUGCGGUCAAUGCCUUUGAGGUCUUUGACAUCGAGUCUCGGUCCUGGACCAAGUUUCCUAACAUUCCCUGUAAGAGAGCCUUCUCCAGCUUCGUGACCCUGGACAGCCACUUGUACAGCCUGGGAGGCCUGCGGCAAGGGCGGCUCUACCGGCAGCCCAAGUUCCUGAGGACCAUGGAUGUGUUCGACAUGGAACAGGGGGGAUGGCUCAAGAUGGAACGCUCAUUCUUCCUCAAGAAGCGGCGAGCAGACUUUGUGGCUGGCUGUCUGAGCGGACGGGUCAUAGUGGCUGGGGGACUUGGAAACCAACCCACUGUCCUGGAGACGGCAGAAGCAUUCCACCCAGGGAAGAACAAGUGGGAGGUCCUUCCUGCCAUGCCCACGCCCCGCUGUGCCUGCUCCAGCAUCGUCCUCAAGAACUGCCUCCUGGCCAUCGGGGGUGUCAGCCAGGGUCUGAGCGAUGCGGUGGAGGCACUGUGUGUCUCUGACUCCUAGCUGGCCUGGGCCCAGCACCUCUGCCUGAUCUCCAUCACUCCACUCUUGAGAGCAAAGCACUUUGGGCUCCUUCCCAGGACGCUGACACCUGUUAGAAUCAAUGGAGUUAAGCUCUGGGCCUCUCAGUGACUCUCAGUACAGAUGACUCCACCAGCUCUGGCUGCAGCUGAGCUGGUCUCUGGAGAGAAUUCUCACUCAGUGCUCAGGCACAGAAAGACACGGGAAUGCUGGGCGUGGGUAUGAUGUGCACGCCUUUAAUCCUGGCACUGGAGGAUGGCUGUACAUUUGAGGCCAGCUUGGGACUACAGAGUGAGUUCCAGUCAUCUCUCUAACUUGACAAAAAAAAAAAAAAAAAAACAUAGGCACAGGAAUGCCCGCUUCCCCAGGCUCCUGAGAGUUCCACUUGGCCCUCCCCAGCUCUAGGAGUUGGGGUACAGUUUCCACCCAGACGAGGAGCUGCUAUGGCCCUUCCCAGCUCUGAGCUAGUUUAAGGGUUUGAAGAUUUAAAAAGAUGAAGAAUAAGGGGUCCCAAGCCCCUUGUUUCUCCUUUGACUGACACCCCUUCCCCAUGGGUGGUCUUUUGUGGCCCUCAUCUACUCGUCAGGAAGUAGACUUGAAUCUAGAGCAGCAACAUGUCAGGCCAUGCCAACAACCCUGGCAGGAAGGACCCUUCCCCUUGGGGUCCCUGCUGGACCACUGAGAACGUGGGAUGAACUGACUCUGAGCCAUAUCUCCCCUCUGCGUUUUGCUUUCUGUCACCCUCUUCUCACCUGAGGCCUGGCCACUCUGUGCCAGCAACCCCCAGUGUGUCCCUGGGUGAGACCUUCUCCCUUACACUGUGGCACCCAAAUCCACAAAGGGUGGACGAGGUGCACUCUGGUUAAUAACAGCAGCACAAUGAUUGAGAUCUCCA